ACCAUGGAACCUUGGUUCAUCAUCUUAGCAUUUUGCAUAGCAGCCAUAAUCAAGCCACUUUUGUUCUCCAAGAGCCACAACAAGAAGCUACCACCAGGUCCAUCUUUACUUUCAUCAAACUUUAUUCUUUUAACCAACUCACUUUCAGCUUUUGGACCAAUUCUAAAAAAACUUAAAGCGAAGUACGGACCGGUGAUCACUCUCUUCAUUGGUUCUCGUCCUUCCAUAUAUGUGGGCGAGCAUGAAAUAGCCCACCAAAUCCUUAUCCAGAAAGGGGCGGUCUUUUCCGACCGCCCCAAAAGGUUUGCAGUGCGUAAUAUAUCGUCUUCUUCUUAUGGCCUAACAUGGAGGCUCCUUAGACGUAACCUUGCGUCUGAGGUCCUUCACCCUUCACGUGUGAAGUCGUAUACAUGGGCUCGAAAGUGGGUGCUUCAUAUCUUGAUUAAUAGGUUAAGAAAACAUGAACAUGAUGAAGCUGGUGGGACUAAGGUAAUCGAACAUUUUACGUAUGCGAUGUAUUCUUUGUUGGUUUCUAUGUGUUUUGGUGAAAAGUUUGAUGAGACUAGGAUUAAUGAGAUUGCAAGCGCACAACGUAGAUUUUUGUUGCUAGUUGGGUCAGGCCGGUUGAAUAUUCUGGGUGUCUUUCCUAGGUUAACGAAGAUUUUGUUUAGGAAUAGAUGGAAGGAGUUAUUGCAAAUGAGGAAUGAUCAAGAACAACUAUUGCUUCCACUCAUUGAAGCACGGAUUAAGUCAGUUACUGAAUCUCGAGAAGAGAAUAUUGUGGCGUAUGUUGAUACACUUGUGAAUUUGCAGCUUCCUGAAGGAGAAAGCGGUAACAAAAACAGUGGAAAGCUGACACAUAAAGAGAUUGCUAGUAUGUGUAGUGAGAUUCUUGAUGCUGGGACAGAUAACACCUCUACUGCGUUACAAUGGAUUAUGGCGAAUCUUGUUAAGCAUCCUGAGAUCCAAAGCAAGUUGUAUGACGAAAUUGUUGGAGUCGUUGGACCAUCACCAACGGGAGAGGAAGAACCGGUUAUAAAUGAGGAUGACUUAAAUAAGAUGUUGUAUUUGAAGGCUAUAGUUUUAGAAGGGUUAAGAAGACACCCACCGAGCCAUUUUGUGCUGCCUCAUAGGGUCAUGAAGGAGGUGGAGGUGAAUGGAUACGUGUUUCCAAAAGGUGCAAUUGUAAAUUUCAUGGUGGGGGAGAUGGGGUUAGAUCCAAAGGUCUGGGAUGAUCCUAUGGAGUUCAAGCCAGAGAGGUUUAUGGCGAACAAUGGAAGUAAUGGUGCGUUUGACAUAAGUGGAAGUAAAGGGAUUAAGAUGAUGCCUUUUGGUGCAGGAAGAAGGAGAUGUCCCGGCUUGGAUUUGGCCCUGCUUCUCUUGGAAUGUUUUGUUGCUAAUUUGAUUUGGUAUUUCAAAUGGAGUGUUCCUGAUGGCUAUAAUAAUGUUGAUCUUUCUGAGAAGGUUGAGUUCACCAUCGUCAUGAAGAAUCCUCUGAGGGCGAAAAUCUCUUCAAGGGCUGAAAAGUUAACGAUGUGAUCAGUCUACUACAAUGUGUGUGAAAUAGCUUGCUUAUUGAAUAUAUAUGCAUAUAUGUUUAAAUUAGUUUCUAUUAUGAUAAGCAUUCAAAUAACUACAUUAUGCAGUGG